ACCAAAAACCCCCAGAAUCGUGAAAUAGAAAACCACAAUGUGUAUUUCAUUCCCAGGUCUCUCUCCCCUUGCGAUUUCCAUGGUUUUUUUCCCGUCAUCUCCAUUUGUAGCCUCUCUCUCUCUAUUUGCAAUCUUCAUGCUCUGAUCGAACCCAAAACGUUCUCACUGAUGACAGAUAAAACAUCAAUCCUCCUUCAAACCCCCUCUCUCCCUACCCAUUUAUAUCAUUACAACAGAAGCUUCAUUUCUACAAAAGCUCUCUCUCUCUCCAUUUGCAGUUUAGGGUUUUCCGGUAAUGGUUUUACUAGUUUAUGCUAAAAGUUAAUUUCUGAUUUAUUAUAGUUGGGAUUAGUUUAUUUUUAUUUUUAAAUUAGCAUCAAGAUAUAAUAUUUGAAGGUUCAUGAUUUCUGCAUUUUUCUAGGUCUCGGUUGGGAUGGAAACCAUUUCGCGUGUGGAUCUUGAUUUUGUGGGAUUUUAUCUUUGCUUUUUAAGAUUUUUUUCUCUUUUGUUUUCCUUUCUUAGGUUUUUUUUCUAUUUUCUGUCCAUUUUUCUUUUGUAUCUUCUUUUGGGAUCGGCUUGGUGAAGCUGAGCCUCUUCCAACGGAUGGAGUUUGAAAAUGUGGUGCCUAAUGAGCUUAUUCUGGUGAAUGGGUAUAUAUGGAAGAGAAUCGAAAUGGAUUUAAUAUGAUUCUAACAGCGGCUCUUAUGGAUGUUUAUUGCUAGUGUGGGUGCAUCUCUCUCGCUUAGAAGCUGUUUGAUGGAAUGUCUAAAUUUGUUUUCUUAUCUUUUUAUGGAGAUGAUGCCUUGUUAGAUUUCUUAAGACAUUGGUCUAAAAUAGUUGGAAAUAUUCCUUAUUGCAUUCACUUCAAUAGCAAUGAUCUAAAUCAGAUCAUAAGCAUAAACAAACCAAUCAAAAUUCAGACAUUCAGAUCAUUGAUCAGACAUCCAUACCCUUGGAUGAUUCUUGGCGGUUGAAAAAAGUCUAACCAAAGAACUGCAUUCAAUGGAUAAAAGGCCACUGAUCAUAAAAUUGAGGCAGAUACAAAGCUCAAGUGGACCACACCACAAAAAGUUGUGGGGAUUUAACAUCUACCAUUGAAAACUUCUUGUAGGUUGUAGAAGUUUUGGAUCAAUCUGAUAUAUGGUCUUUUUCCUUCAAUCAGCUGCAUCUUAUUUCGUAAUUCUCGAAACUCGUAACACAACUCAGACAUGAUGGGAACUUGAGUCCCAGUCAGCCCAGAACUCAGUUGUUCUGUUUCAAGCUUAAAAGAUUACGUUGUCUGAUUUUGCAAGUUUUUCUUCUACGUAAUUAUCUUUUUCGAGUACAUGAAUAAGUCUUGAAUACUUGAUUGAGUUCAUAAUUGUGUACUGAAAUGUUAAUCUGUAUCGAUGCGUCGAUUGAGAUUUGCUUUUCUUUGGCAGACUGCUUUGAAGUUAUUAGCAGGGGAUGAGCAAGAGUUGCUACGUGUAAUUCCUGUCCUUCUGAGCAGCCGUGAGGAAAAUGAUGCAGAAGGGAAGCUCGUAGAAAUUACUGCAGUAAAUGGAUUUAGUGAUCUGCUUAAGGAUACUGCUUAUAGCUAUUUAAUGGAUGUUAUCUUGGAAGUGGCACCUGAGACUUUGUAUGAUAAGCUUUUCAUGAAAAUUUUCAGUGUGGCAGUUUUGUUAUCCAAGCAUUAGUUUGUCCUACAAGAUCCGAAGGUCAGGUAUUUGCUAUAACAUUUCCAUUCAUUUUGGAGCUUUUUAUUUAUUUUUUUUUCUUUUCUAUUUUCUUAUGUUGUUUUGAAGUCCUAAUUGAGCCAUGAUGGACAAUUCCAUUCUUUUAGGUAAGGUUAUUGGUACUGAUUGUAUAUACAUCUCUGAUAAAAUCUGUUGGCUUGGGUAGAGGCUGCUGAAGAAGUGGGCAUUUUUUCAUGGGACGUCAUUUUUUAUGUAAUAGUUUGAGGCUCAGUUUUCCAUAAAGACAUGUAAUGUAGUACUUUUAACCUUGAGUUUCACAUGCAUAUGCUAACAACCCUAAAUUCUUUUAGUUUUAGUUCUUCAUUGUACUCAUUUAUAUGAAAUGGAAGAGCAGGCCAAUUAUUUCUACUGAAGAAAAUUCACAACUGUUGAUUUAAAUUAUGAACCAUGCAACUAUAAGUCUAUAAUACUAUCUUCCAAAAAAGAAAAGAAAAGGAAAAAAAACCUAUGCGAUUCAUGUGACUGUUAAACUUCUUUCACCAUUUUCGUUUGCUUUCCUAACCAUCCUUUGUACUUGCUUCACUAUCUAGUAAUACAUGGAGCUCCCAUACCCAGAAUGCAAUUAACAAACAAGGCCUUUUAUUUUGAUGCGAGUUUAGAAAACAAUGUAAAAUGUUUUUUUCCUCUUGAUAUUUUAUGACCAUCUUUCAGGGGCACAUGAGUGAAAAACGAAGAAUAAUUUAUUUUUGUGAGAAAUAAUUGGCAAU